CCACAAAUUCACGACACCUGGACUCGCCGACUUCAAGACGCGUCACCUCCAUUACGUCCUCAACCGGCAACGUUAUCAACUCCCCCCAACAUGCUAGAUAAAUAAAUCUCCCAAUCACCGAUCAUUCCAGACCGCCAUCUCUCCUCAAGCUAGAUCUCAUAUUAUUUGCAAUCAAACAGGAAGGAUCAGCGUAGAGAUGGAAGAGAAACCUAAAUCCACUGUUAAGGGAGAAGAGAAAGGGGAGAAAGAAGAACUUCAUCUCAAAGUUGAGAGCACAAUUAAAGAUCCCAAUGAAUCAAAGGUGGAGAAGACAGAGAUGGAAGUCAAAUUGAAAACCAAACUAAUAGAGAAAAAUAAGGAAGAUAGGGAUGAAAGAAAAGAGAAAGAUGAUAAAGAAUUGCAAGAAAAAGUGAAAGAGGAUGUGGAAGAGUCGAAGGAAGAUAAAAAUAAAGAGAAAAAAGGCAAGAAAGACGAGGAAAAAGAAAAGGAGAAGAAGAAAGAUGAUGAGAAAGUACAAGAGAAAGAGGAGGAGAAGACGAAUAAGAAGAAAAAGGAUAAAUCUGGGGAUUCAGAUGAUAAAGAAGAUAUUAAGAUGGACAAAAAAGAGAAAAAGAAGAAAGACAAGAAAGAAAAGGAUGAAAAGGGGGAAAAACCAACAUGCAAGGAGGGAGAUUUGGGUGGCAAGGAGCCAGAGAAACACAAACAGGGAAAGGAAGAGAUGCAUGAAGAGAAAGCAAAGAAGAAAAAGAAGCAUGAAGAUGGUGAGGAAAAACAUGAAGAGAAGAAGAAAGACAAGAAAGAAAAGAAGAUUAAAGAUAAGAAGGUAGGGGGAGAAUCCAAUGAGGAAACAGAAGAAGAGAAAGACAAGGGAAAAGAGGAUAAAGAAAAGAAGAAGAAGAAGAAAGAUAAAAAAGAAAAGGACUCAAAGGAAGAAGAGGAGGAAAAAACAAAAUGCAAAGAGGGAGAUUUGAAUGUCAAGGAGGCAGAGAAACACAAACAAGGAAAGGAAGAGAUGCAUGAAGAGAAAGCGAAAAAGAAAAAGAAGCAUGGAGAUGGUGAGGAAAAACAUGAAGAGAAGAAGAAAGACAAGAAAGAUAAAAAGAAGAAGAUUAAAGACAAAGUGAAGUUAGAUGGAGAAUCCAAUGAGGAAACAGAAGAAGAGAAGGACAAGACAAAAGAAGAAAAAGAAAAGAAGAAGAAGAAGAAGAGUGAAGCUGAUGUAGAAGAGGGAAUUGAGGCUAAAGUUACUUCAAGGGAGAUUGAAAUAGAGGAAAAUGUGGAAGAAUUGGAGGGGGAGGCAGAGGGUAAGAAAAAGAAGCAUGAAGAUGAGGAUGAAAAGUGUGAAGUAAAGAAGAAAGAGAAGAAGGAGAAGAAGGAUAAAGAUAAGAAGAUAACAGGAAAAGAGGAGCAUGAGGAAACAGAAGAAGAGAAGGGAAAAGAAGAUGAAGUAAAAAAGAAGAAGAAAGAUAAGGAGAAAAAAGAUAAGAAGAAACACAAGGAUGGGGUAGAUGGCGGAAAGUGUGUGGAUGGAGUUUCCACAAAAGAGAUUGAAACAGAAGAAAAUGUGAAAGAAUUGGAUGGGGAAGCGGAAGGGAAGGAAGAAGAAAAAGGGAAAAAAUGUAAGGAAAAGAAAAGGAAACUUGAGAAGUACAAGGGCAAGGAUAUUAGCAAGCUGAAAACGAAAGUAGAGGAGAUCAAUGCCAAAAUAGAAUCCCUCCUUGAGAAAAAAGAAGGCAUCAUGAGACAAAUAAAAGAAGCUGAGAAUGAGAAUCCUGUCAAUGCUGUGAAGCACAAAGAUACUGAAGUAACUACUGCUGAAGUGGCAUAGCGUUCUGUGGUAGAUGCUUCAUGCUCUGCUCUAUCUGUUUUGUAAUAUAUUGUGUUUUCAUACAUCUAUAUGUUUGUGUAAUAAAAUAUGCCAUACCUUUUGAGAUGAUGAAUAAAUAAACUGUUUCAGAGUUCUGCUUUCUGCAA